AUGAUCGUGUCCAACGUGAGUCUGAGCGGCUGCGCGGAGGUCAACAGCGCUCUGUGCGCCGGAGCCGGGGAAGGGCACCUGGGGGGCGGCUCGUACCGAACCACCCUCACCCCGACGGGGAACUUGGUAGUGGCCGUGUGCCUGGGCUUCAUCGGCACGUUCGGACUUCUCAACAACCUGCUGGUGCUCGUGCUCUUCUGCCGCUACAAGAUGCUGCGGUCUCCCAUCAACCUGCUGCUGAUUAACAUUUCCAUCAGCGACCUGCUGGUGUGCGUACUGGGGACUCCGUUCAGCUUCGCGGCCAGCACGCAGGGACGGUGGCUCAUUGGAGAGGUGGGCUGCGUGUGGUACGGAUUCGCCAACUCGCUGUUUGGCAUCGUCUCCCUGAUCUCGCUGGCUGUCCUCUCCUAUGAGCGCUACAGCACCAUGAUGACCCCGACUGAAGCUGACUCCUCCAACUACUGUAAGAUCUCCCUGGGCAUCACGCUGUCAUGGGUCUACUCACUCAUCUGGACCAUGCCGCCACUCUUUGGCUGGAGCAGCUAUGGCCCCGAGGGUCCCGGGACCACCUGCUCUGUCGACUGGUCAGCCAAGACAGCCAACAACGUCUCUUACAUAAUCUGCCUGUUUGUGUUCUGCCUCAUCGUGCCGUUCCUGGUGAUCGUGUUCUGCUACGGGAAGCUGCUGUGUGCCAUCAGACAGGUGAGCGGGAUCAACGCGUCGAUGAGCAGGAAGCGUGAGCAGCGCGUCUUAUUCAUGGUGGUGAUUAUGGUCAUAUGCUACUUGUUGUGCUGGCUGCCGUACGGCGUCAUGGCCCUACUCGCCACCUUCGGGCCGCCGGGCCUGGUCACGCCCGAGGCCAGCAUCAUCCCCUCGGUGCUGGCCAAGACGAGCACAGUCAUCAACCCGGUCAUCUACGUCUUCAUGAAUAAACAGUUUUACAGAUGUUUCCAAGCCCUGCUGCGCUGUGAGACUCCACGACGAGGUUCCAGCAUCAAAAGCUCCUCCAAGGUCGCCACCAAGGCCAUGAGGGGUGUUGCAGUUGCCGGCCCAAGACGCACCGACGAUUUCCUAUAUAUGGUAGCCUCUCUGGGUCAACCGGCCACAACCAUACCCCAACUGGGACCCUCCUAUGAACCCACAAUGGAUAUCACGAGACCCCCCUCCUCAGACAUAAACAAACCUGUGGUGGUAUCACUGGUGACCCACUUUGAUGGCUGA